AUGGAUGAAAUUAAACUAAGUGAUUAUGUAUAUGAACAAAUAAAAGAUUUUCCACAUCAAUUAUUGACUGAAAAACAAAAAUCAUUAAUUGAUAAACUAAUAACUGACGAAGAAUUAAAGGAACAUUAUAAAAAAAAUGGUUUAUGUGAAAAUUGUAAACAGCCUAAAACUAGUUAUAAUUAUUGUCAGUCAUGUGAAUCACAACGUUUUCAACAAAAUUUCCAAUGUUGGACGAGUGAAAAUCAUGACAUUGAUAAAUUUAUUCAAAAAGCACAAUUAAAUGCUAAAAAUAUAAACAAAAUCAUAGAGUGGAUUGAUUAUGAUAAGUUUGAAGAUGUUGAAUAUUUAGCAGAGGGGGGGUUUGGAACCACUUAUAAAGCGGUUUGGAAAGAUGGCCCUAUGUGGAAUUGGGAUCAUGAAAAUAAUCGAUGGAGAAGAAAACCUAAAACGAAAGUCGCUUUAAAAUGUUUACAUAACUCAAAGGAUAUUACGGCCAAUUUUCUAAAAGAAGUUGAAUCAAAUAUUUUAGUAUAUAAUUCUAGUUGGAUAGUUCGUUGUUUUGGUAUUACUAAAGAUAAAACAAAUAAAUUUAUGAUGGUGAUGGAUUUUAAAAAUGGUAAUUUAAGACAACAUUUAGAUAACAACUUCAUUUCACUAAAUUGGAAGCAAAAGAUGUGGGGUAUACAUGUUAUUGCAUAUGGUCUUAAAGAUAUUCACAGUAAAGGAUUAAUUCAUCAUGAUUUUCAUUGUGGAAAUAUAUUAAGCAAUUUUUAUAAUAGUGCUUAUAUUACUGAUUUGGGAUUAUGUCAACCAGAAAACGUAGAAUUUUCUCAAUGUAGUAAUGAAAAAAUAUAUGGAGUAGUACCCUAUAUGGCUCCUGAGGUAUUACGAGGAAAAUACACUCAAGCAAGUGAUAUUUAUGGAUUUGGGAUUAUUGCAUAUGAAAUUUGUACAGGUCUCCCUCCUUAUUAUGAUAUAGCUCAUGAUGAAUACUUAGCAAUGAAAAUUUGUCAGGGGUUGAGGCCAAAGUCCAAUUAUAAUAUUCCUCAAUUGAUUUUUGACGUUAUUAAUCAAUGUUGGGAUGCAGAUCCUUCAAAACGACCAAAAGCAGAUGAAUUACAGAAGUUAUUUUAUCAUGAAUUAUAUUAUAAGUUUGAAUAUAAAGGUUCUAGAAUUUAUGAGCAAGUUGGAAAAGUGGAUGAAGCCAAUAAAAAGUCAUCUUUUUCAGUUCAACCACCAAUAUCAUAUACGUCACAUCCUAAAGCAGUUUACACCAAUAGAUUUUUAGAUUUUAAAAAUCUUCCAGAACCAAAAAAUGCUGAUAAUAAUGAUGGAAUAGAAUAUUCAGAUUCCUUGAGAAUAGAUUUUACUAUUAAUUCUAAAGAUGAAAAAAAUCAACCACGUUUUACUUUAAAUGAAAUUUAA